AUGGAGCUGGCGGUGGCGCUGGGAGCGAUACUGCUGCUGGCAGGCGGCGGUGCGGGAGCGUGCGGGCCGCAGCUGCCGGAGGGCUGCGUGUGCGCCGAUGCUUCCACCAGGCUGCGGUGUCGUGCCGCCGGUCUCACCAGCUUGCCGCCGCUGCACGACCGCCUGAUCGAGCUGGACGUGUCCGGCAACAACAUCACCGCGCUGCCGCCCGGCGCGCUGCAGCCCGCCGCCUCACUGCGAGACCUGAACCUGUCUGCCAACCGGCUGGAGGCUGCGGCGGGCGCGCUGAGCGGCGCGGCGCUACUGCGGCUGUGGCUGGACGCAUGCGCGCUUCGCCGCCUGCCAGAUGCCUCCUGGCCGCACCUGCAGCUGUUGUGA